CCCAGAUGAUUCAGGCGGUGUGGGAAGACCCCAUACUUCUGGACCCUGAAGACCCCUGAGAGGGUGACAGGGGGAGGGAAGCAGCCGUGAGAGCCGCCCACCCCGGACCCGGGAAUCGCGGCCAGCAAACGUGAUAACCUGCCAGGUGCCCGCCCAGCCUCAGCCGCCCCGGGAUGCCCGUGGGCGGGGCCUGGGCAUCGCCCCGCCCCCGCCGCCCGCCACUCGGGUCACCUGACCUGCCGCCGGCUCACGUGAUCCGUCCCCUGCGCCGCCAUUUUGGAGCUCCGAAUGAGGAGGGGGAAAGCGGGGGGAAAAAGAGGGAAAAGAGCCGGGAGAGAGGUGGGCGAGGACGAGGGCGAGGGCACGGCCGGGUCCUAGCCGGCUAAAGGAGGCUCGCGGAAGCAGCAGCCGCCACCCGACCGCAGCUGGAUUUUGAAGAUUGAUCCAGGGGACUGUAUUAAUUUCAGGAAUUGAUUUGAAAGACACUGGCUCUGACAGUUAACAGCCAUGUAACCUUGGAUAUGGAAGACGGCAGCAGUGUUGCCAUGUUGGUGCCAGAUAUUGGAGAACAAGAAGCUAUAUUGACUGCUGAAAGUGUCAUCAGUUCCUCAUUGGAAAUUGACGAUCAAAGAAAAGCUAAAGAAGAUCCAUUGAUCCAUGUUAUCCAGAAGUUAAGCAAGAUAGUGGAGAAUGAAAAGUCACAAAAAUGUCUCUUAAUUGGAAAAAAACGGGCUCGUUCAAGUUCCACAACUCGCUCCCUUGAAACACAAGAUCUGUGUGAGAUUCCAGCCAAAGUAGCCCAGUCACCUGCUGCUGAUAUUAGAAAAGCUGAAAUGUCACAAACAAACUUUACACCCGAGACUCUUACCCAAAGUGAUGGCAAGGCUAUGUCUUACCAGUGUAGCCUCUGUAAGUUCCUCUCAUCAUCUUUUUCUGUGUUGAAAGAUCAUAUCAAGCAGCAUGGUCAGCAGAAUGAGGUGAUAUUAAUGUGCUCAGAGUGCCAUAUUACAUCAAAAAGCCAAGAAGAACUUGAAGCUCAUGUGGUGAAUGACCAUGAAAAUGAUGCCGACGGUCACACCCAAAGCAAGACCCAGCAGUGCGUGAGUCCGUCGGCCUCCUUAUGUCAGAGGAGCAUAGAAAGAAAGGCUGAACCCAUUCCUGAUGUCCCAGUAAAGGUGGACAGUCCACAAACUCAGACCGUCCAGAGUGCACCCGUGGCAGAAAUGGGAAGGAGGAAAUGGUAUGCGUAUGAACAGUAUGGCAUGUAUCGAUGCUUGUUUUGUAGUUAUACUUGUGGCCAGCAGAGAAUGUUAAAAACUCAUGCUUGGAAACAUGCAGGGGAAGUUGACUGUUCCUAUCCAAUCUUUGAAAAUGAAAACGAGCCCCUGGGUUUGCUGGAUUCUUCGGUGACCACCACACCUGGUAGGGUCGACGCAGUAGUGAUUGCUAUCGGAGACAGUGAACUGAGUAUCCACAAUGGGCCGUCGGUACAAGUGCAGAUUUGCAGCUCAGAAGCACUAUCAUCUUCAUCUCCUUUAGACCAGGGUGCAGAAGGAAGAGUACACUUAAGUCGGUCAGUUACCCUUGACCCUAAUGAGGAAGAAAUGCUAGAGGUAAUUUCUGACACAGAGGAGAAUCUCAUUGCUGAUAGCCUGCUUUCCUCAGCACAGAAAAUCAUUAGCAGCAGCCCAAACAAAAAAGGGCAUGUUAAUGUGAUUGUGGAACGUUUACCAGGAGCAGAAGAAAGCCUUUCCCAGAAACAUUUCCUCAUGAAUUCUGACAUUGAAGAGGGGAAGAACCUGAAUCCAGCCGAGGCCCCAAGCGAGUGUGAAGGCACAGAGGACAUGUACCAUGCUGAUAAAUGUACUGUUGAUAUCGGGGGCUUGGUCAUAGGCUGGGGUAAUCCAGAGAAGAAAGAAGAGUUGAUAAAUAAAAGCCUGGCCACUGAUGAGAAUGCCCCACCAGGCCGCAGAAGAACAAAUUCCGAGUCCCUCAGGCUACACUCCUUAGCUGCCGAAGCCCUGGUCACAAUGCCUAUACGAGCUGCAGAGCUAACCAGAGCCAACCUUGGGCACUAUGGGGAUAUAAACCUCUUAAAUCCAGACACUGGGCAAAGGCAAGUGGACAGUACAUUGGCGGCAUAUUCAAAAAUGAUGUCACCGCUUAAAAACUCUGCAGAUGGGUUGACUAGUUUUAACCAAAGCAACUCUACCUUGGUAGCACUCCCAGAAGGAAGACAGGAACUGUCCGAUGGGCAAGUUAAGACAGGUAUCAGUAUGUCCUUACUCACUGUAAUUGAAAAAUUGAGAGAGAGAACAGACCAAAAUGCUUCAGAUGAUGACAUUUUGAAAGAGCUGCAAGACAAUGCCCAAUGCCAACCCAGCAGCGACGCGAGUUUGUCAGGCAACAACGUGGUGGAGUAUAUCCCCAGUGCCGAACGGCCCUACCGCUGCCGCCUGUGCCACUACACGAGUGGGAACAAGGGUUACAUCAAGCAGCACUUGAGAGUCCAUCGGCAGAGACAGCCCUACCAGUGUCCCAUCUGUGAGCACAUAGCUGAUGACAGCAAAGACUUGGAGAGCCACAUGGUCAACCACUGCAAAACAAGAAUAUACCAGUGCAAGCAGUGUGAAGAGUCUUUCCAUUAUAAGAGUCAACUGAGAAAUCAUGAACGAGAACAACACAGCCUUCCAGACACCUUGUCGAUAGCAUCUUCUAAUGAGCCAAGAAUUUCCAGUGAAGCAACUGAUGGAAAAUGUGUUCAGGAAGGGAAUAAAUCUUCAGUCCAGAAACAGUACAGAUGUGACGUGUGUGAUUACACAAGUACAACCUACGUUGGCGUCAGAAACCACAGACGAAUCCAUAACUCUGAUAAGCCAUACAGAUGCUCGCUGUGUGGCUAUGUGUGCAGCCAUCCUCCUUCUCUGAAGUCCCACAUGUGGAAGCACGCAAGUGACCAGAACUACAACUACGAGCAAGUGAACAAAGCUAUCAACGACGCCAUUUCCCAGAGUGGCAGGGUUCUAGGGAGAACCCCUGGAAAGACUCCAGUUAGUGAAGAGAGAGCUGACCCGGUCACUGGAAGCUCAGAAAAUUUGGUGUCGUCUUCAGAGCUCAUUUCCCAGGCCCCUGGUGAAGUUGUAGAUCCCAACCAGAAUGAGAAACUGAGCCCUACAAGUAAUACCUCAUAUGGUUUAGAAAAAAACUCCAGUCUAGCCCCUCCUGGUAUGGAGUAUUGUGUUUUACUCUUCUGCUGUUGUAUUUGUGGUUUUGAGUCAACCAGCAAAGAAAAUCUUUUGGAUCACAUGAAAGAGCAUGAGGGUGAGAUUGUAAACAUCAUCUUAAAUAAGGACCACAACACAACUGUAAACACGAGUUAAGGGGGGCAAUCCCUCGGAGAGGAAGAAGGCAGAAGAGCAUCUCUGUAAGCUACAGCCUCACCUUUGUUGUCAGGUAGCUGACCUCCCAGGCGCAGAAAGAGUUGGUCUGGUUUUCAGAAGUGACAGGUGCGACUUUGAAACGAAACCUGCUGUAAAGUGAAUUCCA